AUGCCCCCGGUCGAGGUCGACUACAAGUCGAAGGGCCGGACGGAGAAGAUCCUGGACGACAUGAACGCCUACGUCACUGGACCAGAGACCUCGGAGAAAGUUAUUGUCGGCAUUUACGAUGUGUUCGGUUGCUGGUCGACCACCGAACAGGGUGCUGACAUUUUGGCUCAGUUGACUGGUAUGAAGGUCGUUCUGCCGGACUUUUUCCGUGGUGAGCCGCUGCCGAACGAUUCGUUCCCGAUGGACACGCCGGAGAAGCAGCAGAUUGUCAAUAAUUUCCUGGGUACCAAGGGUAACCCAAUGACUGUUAAGGGUGACCUUAUGCAGGUCAGUCAGAAGCUGAAGGCAAAUGGUGCCAAGAGCAUUGGUGUCUAUGGCCUCUGCUGGGGCUCGAAGCCAGCCACCUUGGCAUGCUCCGAGAAGGAGACGCCCUUUGCUGCCAUUGCACAGCUCCACCCUUCUCUCCUGGAUGCGAAGGACGCCUCUGCCCUGCAGGUGCCUAUGGCUUCGCUCACCUCGAAGGACGAGCCGGAGGAACUCAUGAAGGACUUCUACGCUAACCUUAAGGCUAACAGCGCCAUUGCUUCGCGCUGCAUUGACCACCACUAUCCAGACAUCCCUCACGGCUUUGCUGGUUCGCGUGCCAACCUGAAGGACCAAGCCAACCUUGAAGCUUACAAGGAUGCGUACCAGCGCACUGCCAAGUUCUUUGUUGAUGUGCUGUAA